UCCCCUUUUCCUCCUCCACCUGCAAAGAUCAAGCUAUACAGCGAACGCAACCUCCUCCUUCCCCUUCUCCUCCUCCGCCUCCAGAGAUCAAGCGAAGAAGGAGCCGCCUGUUCUUCGAGAUGGGGAGUCGCGGGGAACUUCUUCCCCGACCGGCGACGGGGAGCAGCACUGCGACGGAGCCCCGUGAUCAGGGGGCGGCGCCGGGGCCACAAGCUCGGCUUUCGCCCUCGCUGAAAAGGAGGUGGACGGAGGAAGCGUCCAGCUCCACCGCUGCGGGUGAGGAGGAUCGAGCGCCGGAGAGCCCCGCGCCGUCGGCUGCUCCGAGCGGCACGACCACCGCGACCAGUACUACCAGGGCUCCGCCUCCGCCUGGGGAGGGUCCCGCGCUAGGAGGAGGAGAAGGAGAUCAGCCGGAGGUGCAAGGCCCGGCGCAGCCGCAGCCCUUCUUCCACUUGCAGAUCGCAGUUCCUGUGCUCGCUGUGCACGCCGCCGUCGCGCAGGGGAACCGCAGGGUUCCUGUGGUGGGGAGGCCUCACAAAAAGAGGCGUUUGGCGGACGCGCGCGAGAGGCUGGAGCCGCACAUGCCCAGGCCUAGUCCGGUCUCCGACGAGUCGAGGCUCGUCAUAGCAGGGGCCAUCAUCAACGCCAGACUCGGUGGCCUCCACCCGGUCUUGCCACCGGAUGGACGGGAAAGAAUCUGGCUUCUGCUUCCGCAUACCAACAACCUAGUGGGGUAUGACCUCCUGAUGAAUGCCGCGGCCGACUUUCUGGAGGAGCACCCUCCCGCCGUCCAUUAGAUUGUGUAAACUAUCGAUUUUCCUUUUUUUUGGACGUCCAAGUACUCCUACUUAAUUGGAAUUGGCCUCU